AGCGGGAGGGGGGGAAGAAAAGGGAAUUCCAACCUGUGGAAACGUGGGGGUCCCCGAGAUCGGCUCCUUCCCCUUGACUGUGGAUGGUGCCAGGGAAAGAGCCUCUGGCGACUCGUGGAGGGGGCAGUUUUGGGGUCCGCAGGGUGAGGGCGGAGGGGAGUGUCAGAGUGUGAGUGGGAUACGGGAGUUCCAAACUUAGAAUCUUGAGGCCCGCCGGUCCCCGGCGCCGGGGAGAGGGAGCUCGGGCCGCCAUGCGGGACAGGACCCACGAGCUGAGGGGGAUGACAGCUCGGACGAUGAAGACAAGGAGAGAGUCGCGCUGGUGGUACACCCGGGCACUGCACGGCUGGGGAGCCCGGACGAUGAAUUCUUCCAGAAGCCCUCUCGGUCAUCCUCCCCAGGUUCGGACAAUUCGGCAAACUAUUGUCAAGCUGGAGAAUAAAGUCCGAGAGUUGGAGAAGCAGCAGGUUACCAUUCUGGCCACGCCCCUUCCCGAGGAGAGCAUGAAGCAGGACCUGCAGAACCUGCGCGACGAGAUCAAACAGCUGGGGAGGGACAUCCGCGCGCAGCUGAAGGCCAUAGAGCCCCAGAAGGAGGAAGCUGAUGAGAACUAUAACUCGGUCAACACAAGAAUGAGAAAAACCCAGCACGGGGUCCUGUCCCAACAAUUUGUGGAGCUCAUCAACAAGUGCAACUCAAUGCAGUCCGAAUACCGGGAGAAGAACGUGGAGCGGAUUCGGAGGCAGCUGAAGAUCACAAAUGCUGGAAUGGUGUCUGACGAGGAGCUGGAGCAGAUGCUGGACAGCGGGCAGAGCGAGGUGUUUGUGUCCAAUAUACUGAAGGACACACAGGUGACUCGACAGGCCCUAAAUGAGAUCUCGGCCCGGCACAGUGAGAUCCAGCAGCUUGAGCGCAGUAUCCGUGAACUUCAUGAGAUUUUCACUUUUCUGGCUACUGAAGUGGAGAUGCAGGGGGAGACGAUCAACAGAAUUGAGAAGAACAUUCUGAGCUCAGCAGACUAUGUGGAACGUGGGCAGGAACAUGUCAAGAUGGCCCUGGAGAGCCAGAAGAAGGCGCGGAAGAAGAAAGUCUUUAUUGCCAUCUGUUUGUCCGUCACUGUCCUCGUUCUGGUGGUCAUCAUUAGCGUCUCCACAUUGGUUUGAUAGCGCUGCAUAUUCUCGAAGCGUUCGAACACUAUGGAUGCCCACCCAAUGGGGAAACUGCGGAACCGGAUGGAUCCUGCCCCAGGGGAAGACUGAUUUGGACGCGGGGCCUCUGCGCUUCCCUGAUUCUCCAUUCUCCAUCUCUUCCCCUUGCGGCCUGCUGCUUCAGCAGAAUCCUGUCCUCUUGGUCGCCUUUGUCCAGUCCCCCAUUUUUCUGCCUUCAGAAUCAAACUGCACGACCCAUGGUACCUACUGGAAUCUGAUAGAGAUUGUCAAGCCGACGCGGAGACUGCCACAUCUACGCAGCUGGGUGUCCACGUGCAGCGUGUGUCUUCCGCUUGGCCGUGCUGGACAGCGCCACCCUGAAAGGCUGCUUAACCGUCUCACCCAGGACGCCAUCCAGAACCUCCUGGAAGAGGUGGCUAGAUGGCCAAGCGAGGGCUCAGAUGCCGGGCUCAACAAUUUGAACUUUUUCUGUGGGCUGUGGGGACCUAUAGAAGAUUUUUGAACAGGUGAGUGGCAAGUUUGGAGCAGACUUAGAAGACAAGUGCACCGGAGGUUUCACAGGCUUCCUUGCAUAUACCCCUUCCCUGUGGGAAACCGACCUGAGUGAGGGGCUCAGGGCACGUUUUGCACUGAAAUCCUGGCUUGGCUGCUGUCAGCCCAGCUUUCAGGGAACAUAGCCUGUGUUAGUUGUGGCUUUUCCAAAUCAUGUUGUAUCACCUUUCACCUGCAAGCCCUCUCCACUUACUCCCUCACCCGCUGAAUAUUUCAUGCUUCAGAUUCUUAAGAAAAGGAACCUGACUGGUCCAGGUCAGGCUACAUUGACCUACCUAUGAAUUGUCUACCUUGAGUCAAGAUUUUACCCUUGAUCAAGAUGUAUGAGAGGUGUCACAUGGUACAAAACGCUGCAGCAGAGUGCAUAUGAAGCAAGAAUGGACGAGUUCAGUGAUUGAUAUCAGUUUCCGGUACAGCCCUGUGGUAGAUUAUUGUUCCAAAUAUAUGCUGUCCUUCCUACUGGGCCCCUCUCUUUAGGAGGAUUAUACAUUCAUGCCCCACUUACAAUGGGCUUGGCUAUGGCCAAUGGAAUAUGAGUAGAAAUGCAAAGUACCACUUCCAAAUAGAAGCUUUAAGCACCAAUGAGUAUUCUGAGAGCUUCCCUUCUCUUUUUCCUCGGCCAUGAAACUGUCAGUUGCCAGAUCAAGACUUCUUCAGCCUGGAACCCAGAAUUAACAGGACAUGAAGCUGAGCUGUAGCCCACCUGUAAAAUGAUGCGUAAUGUAAAUGAGAAACUUCUCUUGCUGUUAGCCACUGAUAUUUUGAGGUUGGUUGUUACCACAUCAACAGUCCUUUCAACUGUUACAGAAUUAUUACCCAGCAGUGGGGUGUUGCUACAAUAAAAAAUAAACCUGAA